CCGAUUUUAAAUCCAUCCAUAGCGUGUAUCCACGGAAGACUGGAUACCUCACUCAGACAAGUUCAAGGAAAGUAAUCAAACCCGGUGUUGUUCGCGUUGUGCCACCUGUUGUUCAACAUAAAUAUAAUUAUCCGGAUUUACAUUGUAUUUUGAACCGAGUUGAAAAUUAAGACGACAAACCAAUCGGAGAAGAAAAAACGAAGAAGACUCAAAUUCUUAGAGAAUGAAACUCUCUACAGUGUUUGAGCUUUUAUUAAUAUUUUUAAUCAUCGCAUUUGCAGCUUCUAAACAUGUCGAUCCAAAAGGCGGAACAAAAUGGAAAUCACAGCUGGAAAAAUCGGCCGAUAAAGACCAGAGGAAAGACAGACAGAAUCCACCAAAUCGGUACUGUUCCUGUUCAAAUCUAACGUGCAACUGUUGUAGAGAUUUUUCACUGCCUGUUGUUCCAGUUAGUGGACCUGGAUGUGCCGCCCUGAAGUACAUCAAGGGCGACUCGAUGCUGGUAACUAUGAGCUUUGGAGAUAGAAUACUACAAAAUGUUACAAUAUCAGGUAAAAAACCACGACCAAUUUGUAUGGGAUUACCGGGAGGUAUAUCCAAAUUCUGCGGUAGAAUUUACGGAAUCUCCAGAGAGGGAGACCAAAUGCGCGCCUGCCUCGGUCUUGAAUUGCGUGCUUUAAACGAUGUAGAAGCAGCUCUAAGAGUAUCGUGUUUCAAAUUUGGUCCUAAAGGCAUAAACGUCGAACCAGGAAAACCAGUGCCCAGUGACGAAGAUGAUGAUGACGAUGACGACGACGACGAUGAUUUCGGAUUACCAGGUGACGACGAUGACGAUGAUGAUGAUGACGACGACGAAGACGAUGAUGUAUUUGGUUUGGAAGACGAUGACGAAAAUGAAUCUGAAAACACGGUCGAGUCUGGUGAAACGGAUUACACCGGAUUUUCAGCGUUAAGCGACGAUUUCCUGGAUAGCUUUUUUGAAUCGGAUUCGCCGAAUAAGAAGAUAAAAAAUAACAUAAACGGAGUUCCUGUUAAUUAUCAACCUCAACAAAUCGUCACCUCAAAACCAAUUGCAACCACUGCAGCACCUGCGAAAAAAGCCAAACCAUCGAAAGUAGUAACAACUAAAUUUGUCCCAUCAACUCCUUUCAAACCAGUAGGUACUGAGAAGCCUAUCAGCCCACCGAAUUUAUCCUCGGAUAAAGUCUACAUUUCUCCGCCGUCUGAUAAAUUAUACAUGACGUCUUCGGAAAAAUACUCCUCAACUUCUGAUAAAAUUGUAACCCCUGAAUUUGAGAAAUUAGCCACUACGAUGGAUAAAGUUUAUAUUUCUCCAUCACAGUACAAACCUACUGAACGUAUACGUCCACAAACAAUCAAACAAUCUUUAGAAAGUUAUAUCCCAACUGUACCUCAAUUAUCGACUGAAAAAGUAUACGCAUCUCCUCAGCAAAUCUCUACCGAUAAAAUAUACACUAGUAGUUCGAGUCAACAACAUACCACAGAAAGUAAUUAUAUCUCUACGAUGAGCGAUAAAGAACAGAACACAAUAAGCAAUUAUUACGUACCAACUACACAACAAUUUCAAUCCACUGAAAAAGUAUACAUACCGGUCAACCUGUCGACCCCGGAUGGAGAUUUCGAACCGGUCACUUCGACAUCAGUGUCAGUCAGCGUAAUGCAAGGUGAUAGUACAAAAAUUGCUAAUUCAUCCACCGACAAUAUGGUUCAAAUAGCUACGAUUGAAAGCAGUGCUACAGAACCAACUCCUGAUAAUGAAUAUAACGAGGUAGAUUCCGAUACCAAAACCACAAUUAGCGACAGACUAAUGGAAGUGAAUACCGUAAGUUCAACUUUAGGCUUAAAAAUCGGUAAUCGUCCAACGACGAAAGCUCCAGAAAAAGAAGACGACGAUGACUCAUUCGAAGACGUAGUCGAUACCGCCGCUAGUGUUUUUGGCGUAGAUGACGAAAGUAAUACCAAGAAAAACGAUUCGUCUUCCGAUGAUAUAGAUUUAGAUGACGAUUUAGACGAUAGCGAUGAAGACGUGGAGGAAAGCAACUCCAGUAACAUUGCGAUAGGCAAUGAAAGCUCUAGUAAUAACGACUACGCUAAUGACGACGACGACGAUGAUGAAGACGAAUUUAGGAAAUUCGAUGACCAUUCCAAGCAGCCUAUCAGUGUGUCGUCUACCGCAGCUCCGCUUAAAAGCAGCGCUAGAACGCAUAAACGUAUGAAUUUGCCGCCUUUAUUCAAUCAAAAACCGGAAACAGCUAAUUCUUUCCUCAGUAGUGGCGGGCAUUUAUAUAAAAUAAGAAUGUCGCCCAUUCAAGAAACGCAAAAUAAUCCGCCUCGAUUGGGUAGAUUAAAUUUAUUAGUACCUGAAACAGAUUCGAAAGUGAAUCCUUUAAAUAUUUUCAAUGUGUAUCCGGGUCUUGGUAAUGUUCCCUCGAGUGAAACGCAAAAUCAAAGAUUCGGUGUGGAACGAGAACAAGAACACAGAAGUAGUCGAAAUCAUAAACGUAUGAGAUUUCCGCCAGUUGAAAGUUCCAAUGAUGAAAAUUCACAUUAAAACGUUACCCGUUGUACUUUCCAGCUAUAUUAUUAAUAUGAAGUAUGUAAAGAAAAAGUCAUAUUUUUUAUCAUUAUAAUGCAUUUUCAUUUUUAUUUAUUUUUAGUAUUUAUUUUUCUUGUAUUCAUCGUGUAAAUGUAGAUAUAAUUUAUUUAAAAUGUUCGUGAACUUUCAUUCUUUUUUAAUAAAAUAAAACUGAUAAUUAA